GACUAUAAGAGACGUUCCAGCACACGAAAACAAGCAAACGCUCCCCCGAGCAACAGCUCCACUGCACAGCCUCAUCAUCAAAACCUGAAAACCAAAAAAACCAAAACUCUUUCGAAUUCCAAACUCUCUGAUUCUCAUCGGAUUCUCAUCCCUCAGAGUUUGUCAUCUAACAGAGUUUAUCACCUGUUCUGGACUGGGAUUAUGAUGGCCCAUGUACCCAUUUGUUUUAGAUGAUUGGUGGAAAUAAGUAAGAAAAAAUGGGAGGUUGUUGUUGUUGUCCUUCUAAAGGAGUUGAACUAAACAGUACACCAGCAUACUAUUAUUAUCCUAGAGCAUCUGAAGAGCAUUUACCUUUAUCGUCUAAUCAUGGUGCUGCCUCUGGCCUCCCCACUGGGCUCCUGGUUGAUACCAAUCUGGACACAUCAGAGCCAGAUUCCUAUAGACCACCUCCUACUCCUUUGCCAUUUGAUGUGGGUUUAGCGCCUCCUCAAACUGGUUCAGUUGCUCAAGAAAUUCAUAACAGUAAGAAUGGUGCAGCAGUUGAAACAACAAAUUCUGAUCCUGUUCAGGAAGCAAUUGAUGUCAAUGCUCAAAGUACUUUGACCAAGUCUGAUAAAGCAGAGUCCAAUAUUGAAACUGAACCGACAAAGCAGUUAGAAGUUGAGCUCUCAAAGUCAGCUGAAGCCAUUGUAUCUGCAGCAGAGGAGGAUGUAUGCCCAACCUGUUUGGAAGAGUAUGAUGCGGAGAAUCCCAAAAUCACCGCAAAAUGUGAGCAUCAUUUUCAUCUUGCAUGUAUCCUUGAAUGGAAGGAAAGAAGUGACACCUGUCCCGUGUGCAAUGAGGAAAUGAUAUUCAACACUGCUGCUGAUAACUAGUUAUCUCUAUCUAGUGGGAGUUCAAUUAGCUUUUCAAAACUAGGUUUGAAAGCAAAGAUUACAAUGCUUGAGAGAGCCAGUCUUGAGGUUUUUUUAUUUUUUUUACCAUUUUCCUGUUUCCAGUGGCUGUCAAAGAUCUGGCCAUGCUUGUUUAUUUGUUUCCUUUUUAGUCCCUUUUUUUUUUUUUCCUUUUAUGAGUCAUUCACUCAUUUUUUUUUUUUUCCUUUUAUGAGUCAUUCACUCAUUCCUAUUCCUAGUGCAUAACAUCUUUGUGCAUUCAUACCGCUUCAAACUUGGAAAAUUUUGAAUAAAAGGAAAAAGGAGAAAGAAAUAGCAAGAAAAUUUGAACAGAAAU